AAGGAGGUGCCAGGCCGAGGUGGCUCGGCCCGGCUCUGCUCCUUACUCUCCUUCCUGGUCUGGUCUGGCCUGGCCAGGCCUGGGCUGGGCUGGUUCGGUCGGGUCGGAUCGGGUCUGUGGGAGGGGGCUGCGCUUGGAGCCCUCCGUCCAGCCGCGUGCGCGUGCAUGGCCCUGGUCACAGUGAGCCGAUCCCCCUCGGGCAGCGGCCACUCCACCCCCGUGGGCCCCGCGGAUGAAGGGCUGAGCAGAAGGAGCCAGCUGCAGCGCAGGCAGAGCUUUGCGGUGCUCUGUGGAGCGGUCCUGGGGCUCCAAGACAGAGGGGAGCCCAACACUGCAGAGCAGCACAGGUCAGAUGAUGAGAAUGACCCAGGAGAUGAGGAGCCUCCCUCAGACCAGCCUGAUGGCAACAGCCAGGGGACUCAGGAGUCCUCGAGGUCUGGGAAUCAAGUGCAAAGGAGGCACCUGCACCUCAUGGUGGGGCUGCUGAGGGCCCAGGACAACAUCCAGCUGGCAGUACAAUUGGAGACCGCUCGGCCUCAAUGGCUCAGGUACCUGCUUGUGGUGUCCACUUCGGAGCUACUGAGCCAGGAUGAGACUGUCCUCCUGGGGGUGGACCUCUCCCAGAGCAGUUCCCCCAGCUGCACCUUGGGCCUGGUCCUACCCCUCUGGAGUGACACGCAAGUUUACCUGGAUGGUGAUGGGGGCUUCACAGUGACAUCUGGGGGUCAAACGAGAAUCUUCAAGCCUAUCUCUAUACAGACCAUGUGGGCCACCCUGCAGGUGCUGCACCAGGCCUGUGAGAUGGCUCUGGGCAAUGGCUUGGUACCCGGAGGCAGUGCUCUUGCCUGGACUGGCUACUACCAGGACCGAAUCACCUCGGACCAGAGCUGCCUCAAUGAGUGGAUGGCCAUGGCCGAUCUGGAGUCCCUCCGGUCUCAGCCGCCCAAUGCAGACUCUAGUGGGCACUCUGAACAAGAACGUAUGGAACACCACAUCCGGGCCGAGCUGUGGCACGUGCUGGACACCAGUGACCUGGAAAGUGUCACCUCCAAAGAGAUUCGCCAGGCCCUUGAGGGCCGCCUGGGGUGCCCCCUUCAGCAGUAUCGAGAUUUCAUCGACAACCAGAUGUUGGUGCUCAUGGCCCAGCGAGAUCGGGCCUCGCACAUCUUCCCCCACCUGUACCUGGGCUCUGAGUGGAAUGCAGCCAACCUGGAUGAACUGCAGAGAAACCAGGUCAGCCACAUCCUGAAUGUGGCCAGAGAGAUCGACAAUUUCUUCCCGGAUCUCUUUACAUAUCACAAUGUCCGGCUCUGGGAUGAGGAGACAGAACAGCUCUUGCCUCACUGGAAGGAAACUCAUCGCUUCAUUGAGGCUGCCCGAACCCAAGGCUCCCGUGUGCUGGUACACUGCAAGAUGGGGGUGAGCCGCUCAGCUGCCACUGUCAUGGCCUAUGCCAUGAAACAGUACAACUGGGGCCUGGAGCAAGCCCUCCGGCACGUGCAAGAGCUGCGCCCCAUUGCCCGGCCUAACCCUGGCUUCCUUCGGCAGCUGCACACCUACCAAGGCAUUCUCACAGCCAGCCGCCAGAGCCACAUCUGGGAGCAGAAGGCUGGCGGUAGGACCUCGCCGGAGGAGCCUCUGGCUCAAGAUGCCUCCUGGUCACCUCCCUCACCUUCCCUGGAGCCAGGGGGCAGUGGGGACUGGAAGGCAGAAGAAGGGGACAAGCAACAGGGAAUGCUGAGAGAGGCACCUGGCCUCGGGGACCUGAGACCCCGGCUCCGCAUGGAUCUCCGUGGGAUCAUGAGGUCCAUCAGUCUGCUGGAGCCCCCAGACCUGGGGAGUCACCCCGAGAGCAGUGAUCUGCCAGAGGUCUUCUCCUCUUCUCCAAAUGAGUCCUCAGGUGAGGCUCUCUCCCAGGCUUCAAGGGAACCACGGCCUGCCCUGUUCUCCCGAAAGUCCGUGGCUGCCUUGCACAGUGCAGCUCUCGUGGCCAGCCGGAGCCGGGCCUUCCAGAACCAGGGCCAGGGGGAGCCUGUGGACCUACCUAAGCCCAGGGCUCGGAGGAUGAUGCGACAGGCCAGUGUGGAUAGCAGCGGAGAAGAGGGAGGGCCCUGAGCCCUUGUACUAGACACCAGGAUGAGGUCACCAACCAGAGGGACCUCGAAACCAACCCCCCCCACCUCACACUGUUUCCUCCUCCCACUUUACCACCUUUGCCCCUGCCCUUCAAUCAUCACCCCCACUGAUAGUACACUGACAUCUCCCCCAGGGCCUAGGCCUCAGGCUUUUCUCCACUGUUCAUCUAGGCCAGGGGUGGGGAACCUGGAGCCUUGAGGCCACCUGUGGUCUUCUAGGUCUUCAAGUACAGCCCUUUGACAGAAUCCAAACUUCACCCCUUAAUAAAAGGAUUUGUUCUAUAAAACUUGGACUCAAUCAAAAGGCCUCACCCAACAAUCUAGAAGGCCACAGGUGGCCUUGAGGCCUCAGGUUGCCCACCCCUGCUCUAGGCUAAGGGAGGACAAGACAAGAUUCUGGAGUUUUUUUGUCUGCAGUUCAGAUGUCAAAGAUCCAACCUUAGACCCCAAGACCACCCGCCCUGGCCCCCAGGCCUCUAGGGGUCUGUGGUUUUCCCUCCUUCCUAGGGGGAGUAAGUCACCCCCUCCUCCACAAGCUGUGGCUCCCCAGGAUUUAGCCAGGGUCAUCUGUCAGAAUCUCCAAGGGUCAGGGGCCUCAUCUCCUAGCCCCCAAAGGAGCACCCCAGAAGGACAAAGGACAUUUUCUGUUACUACCAGAUGGAGGCAUUUCAGGGCUUGGACACCCAAGGCCAAGGUCAUACAGAGCCCAGCUGUGGCUGUCUGCUUCAGGCCCACCCUUCACAAGUGACUCGAGUCCCUUGCUGAGGCCUGAGGCUGUGGACUCUGCAUCCUUGGAGGGGCAGGUAGUUCAAAGGCAGAAGGAGAAGCCUGUCGAGGUCAGCUGGGGUGCUGUCUCUUUGGACUUUCCAGCCUCCUCACCAUCUCUGGGCUGCUGUGACUUGGGUCACCAGACAGUGGACCAAGGGAAGCCAGAGCUUCUUUUCCACAUACAGGCUAGCACACGCAUGUGCACACAUACAUAUUCCUCCCCUCCCCCAUUCCUCAUUAGCUAGCCAGUAUUUUCUAUGUUCUUUUAAUUAUAUGGCUUUUUAUUUAGGAAUAAAAAAAUGAGGUUUCAUAUUAAA